UUCUCCCAUUACCAAUAGACCAUGUAAAUAAAUCUUUGUGAAGCAUACAAAUGGAAGAACCAAACCGUAUUAUAAAAACAGAUCUGCCAGAUUGUGAAGAGAAGGAUGAGCCAGUGUCCAAAGACAGUGAGGUGUUAACCAAGCAUAUCAAACGACGUGUGCUCACGCAACUGGAAAAGUUUGGUACCACUCCGCACACUCUGAAGAUAGCCGCAGCACAUCGUCGUGGAGACAACACCAACAGCAUAAUAGAUUACAUAAUAAGCAGCGCCAACAAGGCGGAGGAAUGCGUCGACCAGGAGUGCAAUUCCGUUAGCCUCAACAACAUCAAUCAGUGGCUGGAGUUGAUGAAGAACAUGGAGCUCACCCAAUUCUGCGAGCAUGAGGCUGGGGUUGUCAUGAAUGCUAUAGUCCGGAAUGAGCCCCAAUCUAAACCAGAGGAGCUAAAUGGGAUUAACAUGACGGAAGUUUAUAAGUUUCUGGAGAAUGCUCUAAUCGGUCAACCGCAGAAGGCGCUAAGCGAACCAAGUCAGUCAUUUCUGUUUAGGGAGAUUGCUCUACUAAUAGCCGAGGCUAAUUCCGAUCAAUCGGAUGUUGAGGCCAGAAAAAUGGGACAGAACUUGUACAACUGUCAAGACUAUAACUAUGUAGACCAGCCCCAUAAGGCCAGCCUGGAUCCGUUAUUUCUGGACAAAAGCUAAUCAUAAAAUACUACAAGUUUUUACUUAAGUAUUUAUUUCGGUAGCCCCAGAAGCAUUGUUGAUGUUUGAUAAGAAUUUGAGAUGUAUAAACAAAGGCCGGGAACUGUUUUUUCACGGAUUUGUUAAAUGGAGAAAAACUCAUCGUUUAUGGUUCAUGUUGUCACCCAAAUGAGACAUAAGUGGUAUUGUAUUUUACUAUUAUAGUAUUGGGUAUUAAUAUGUAGCUUAUUUGAUACAAAUAAACAAAAAUUGACUGAUUUAAAAA